GGAUCCUUCUCCCCUCCUACCCCUUUUCUGUGUGUCGUCAAUUCUCACAUCCCCCGUGGCAUCUCCCUGCCUUGCACCCACUCUCCCCCUGUGUGGGGCCUUCAAAACCAUGGAUGACUCGGAAGUGGAGUCGACUGCCAGUAUACUUGCCUCCGUCAAAGAGCAGGAGGCACAGUUUGAGAAGCUGACACGGGCACUGGAGGAAGAACGGCGCCAUGUCUCUGCACAGCUGGAGCGUGUCCGUGUCUCCCCACAGGAUGCCAGCCAAACAAUGGCCAACGGCACCCUCACCCGCCGGCACCAGAACGGCCGUUUCUUGGGCAAUGCUGACUUGGAGAGGCAGAAAUUCUCAGAAUUAAAGCUCAACGGACCACAGGACCAUAGUCAUCUCAUAUACAGCACCAUUCCCAGGAUGCAGGAUCCAGGACAAAUUGUGGAAGAGACAUACAGCAUGGAGGAGGACCCAGAAGGUGCCAUGUCAGUUAUUUCAGUAGAGACCUCAGAUGAUGGGACAACCCGUCGUACAGAGACCACGGUGAAAAAAGUUGUGAAGACCAUGACCACACGUACAGUGCAGCAAGUUGGCCCCGAUGGGUUACCUGUUGAUGCUUCUCCAGUUACCAACAACUACAUCCAGACCAUGGAUAGGAAUUUCAGAAAGAACACAAACGGUGGCCCUGGUGCCUACAUGAGCCAGCCGGGUACGGCCACCCUUCCACGAAACUAUCACUACUCAGAUAGUUACGGGCGGCCAUAUGAAGAUAGCUACCAUGGCAGUGAACACAGCUACGGUAGCCUAUCCCGGGUGACCCGGAUUGAUGAGCGCUACCGACCCUCCGUGGAUGGCUACCGGGCUCCCAGCAGGCAGGAUGUCUAUGGUCCCCAACCGCAGGUGCGAGUAGGGGGGAGCAACAUGGACUUGAACCGCUUCCAUGCCGAGCCUUAUGGGCUGGAGGAUGACCAACGCAGCACGGCGUAUGAUGACCUGGAUUACGGUGCCGUGCCAGAAUAUGGGACAGCAAGGCGGACUGGGACACCUUCUGAUCCCCGCCAGAGACUCAGGAGUUACGAAGACAUGCUUGUGGACGACAUGGCUAGAGACCAGUAUUACUGGUCCCCAAUGGCACAACAUGAUAGAGGCAGCCUAGCCAGUCUGGACAGCUUGCGAAAAGGAGGCCCACCUCCAGCCAAUUGGCGCCAGCCUGAGCUCCCCGAGGUGAUAGCCAUGCUGGGGUUCCGCAUGGACGCCGUCAAGUCCAAUGCCGCAGCCUACCUGCAGCACCUGUGCUACCGAAAUGACAAGGUGAAAACAGAUGUGCGCAAGCUAAAGGGCAUUCCUGUACUUGUUGGGUUACUGGAUCAUCCCAAGAAAGAGGUGCACUACGGGGCGUGUGGGGCCCUGAAGAAUAUCUCCUAUGGCAGAGACCAGGACAACAAGGUUGCCAUCAAGAAUUGUGACGGUGUUCCUGCUUUGGUGCGGCUGCUUCGAAAGGCACGUGACAUGGACCUCACUGAAGUCAUUACAGGGACACUCUGGAACCUGUCCUCUCAUGACUCAAUAAAAAUGGCCAUUGUGGAUAAUGCCUUACAUGCCCUCACGGAUGAGGUUAUCAUCCCACACUCUGGAUGGGAAAGAGAGCCCAACGAAGACUCCAAACCCCGCCAUAUAGAGUGGGAAUCGGUGCUCACAAACACCAUUGGCUGCCUUAGGAACGUCAGUUCGGAGAGGAGUGAAGCCCGUCGAAAGCUGCGGGAGUGUGAUGGGCUAGUGGAUGCACUUUUAUACAUUGUCCAAGCAGAAAUUGGCCAGAAAGAUUUAGACAGCAAGCUUGUGGAGAACUGUGUCUGCCUAUUGAGGAACUUGUCCUAUCAAGUGCAUCGUGAAGUCCCACAUGCCGAGCGCUAUCAGGAAGCCCCCAUCAAUGCUGCCAACAACACUGGCCCCCAUGCAGCCAGUUGCUUUGGUGCCAAAAAAGGCAAAGGUAAAAAGCAGACAGAGGAUCCUUCCACUGAUAUAGUUGACUUCCCCAAAAGACAAAUCCCUGCAAAAGGCUAUGAACUCCUUUUCCAGCCAGAAAUUGUCCGCAUUUAUAUUUCAUUGUCAAAGGAGAGUAAAACCCCAGCUAUCAUAGAAGCCUCAGCAGGAGCCAUCCAGAAUCUGUGUGCUGGUCGCUGGACGUAUGGGAGAUACAUCCGCUCUGCACUGCGCCAGGAGAAAGGUCUCUCCGCCAUUGCGGACCAGCUGACCCAUGACAGUGAGCGUGUGGUGAAAGCUGCAUCCGGAGCCCUGCGCAACCUGGCAGUGGAUUCCCGUAACAAAGAGCUGAUUGGUAAGCAUGCCAUUCCCAGUUUGGUGAAAAAUCUUCCAGGAGGACAGCAGACACAGGCAAAGAACCUCUCUGAAGACACGGUGAUCUCUGUGCUGAAUACUAUCAACGAAGUCAUCGCUGACAAUCUGGAAGCAGCCAAGAAACUGCGGGAGACACAAGGCAUUGAGAAACUGGUGCUCAUUAACAAAUCAGGGAACCGAUCAGAAAGAGAAGUCAGAGCCGCCGCUCUUGUGCUGCAGACCAUAUGGGGGUACAAAGAAUUGCGGAAACCCUUAGAGAAGGAAGGUUGGAAGAAAUCCGACUUCCAGGUAAAUUUGAAUAACACCUCUAGAAGCCAGGGUGGCAACUCCUUUGAUGACAGUACCUUGCCCCUCAUUGAUAAAAAUCAAAAAGACAAGAAAUCCUCUCGGGAAGAGAUCCAAAUGGGAAAUUUGGGACCAGACUACUCUACAUUGAAUGAACGGGACCAUAACAGGACAUUGGACCGGUCUGGGGAAGAUAUGGAACCUAUGAAGGGAGCGCCACUGGUGCAGGAGGAAAGGCACGAAUCCCUUGAGGAAAUUGACCAGUUGCUUUAUCCUCCUAUGCAGAAGAUCUAGAGAUGCUACCAUCUGCCUUCUCAGUUUUGGGUUCAUAACAUAUUUUAUAUAACUCUUAUGAUGAAAUGGACUGAGCUUUUUUUUAAACCUUGGGGCCAUGUAGCCAAAUGACCGGGUCCCUGACCCACAGGGUCUCACAUCUCCCUGUAGAAUUUGAACUCCUGGACGUCAUAUUUUUGUUUUUUAUUCUUCAAAAAAAAAAAAAUCCUAAAGACCAAAUACUCUUGAUGGAUCUCAUUACACAACAAAGGCAGAUACUUAAAAAUACACAUUUAUGAUGCAAUCUACAGAAGCUGAUGGAAACAAUCGGAGCAAAUGGAUGUCAGCCAAACUCAAUCAUACUGGAACUUGUUUUUAUUAAGGAGAUGUUGGCUCUCUUCUUCCAAAAAGCAGAGAGAGAAGCCAUCUCCAUCUUCUCUUAGCCUAUAGAAUAUAUUUUUGUGUGUCACUCAUGUUUGCAACAAAGGAUGCUGGGAAUACUGGAACAUUCCUAGUUGGGGGGGAGUU